GUCUCAGGCUGUUUAACCUACUCACUGGUGUAUGAAGACAUUAAGUCGCUGUUAUUUAUUUAAACGACACUUAAAGUGUCUUUUCUCAGGAGGACAUUUGCAGUUACAUAAUAGCAUGUAGUAAGACAUGCAGAGGCGGUGAAUGAACAGACUUUAUUUCAUUCAGAAAAUGCACCACGGUUAUAAUAUCCUAUCGAUGCUUGUUUAAAUGAUUGUUGUGAGAGUUAUCAGAAAUGUACUAUAGGCUACUAUUAAAUGGCUUUCUCAGACGAGACUGCAAACGGGAUAGACAAUAUCAUCCUUCACCUAGAGCCUAUCAUUCCAGUAUCCAAAAACAAAUGAUGUAAUUAUUGUCAGUGGCUCCAUUUAGCAUAAUUUGUCAAUUUCACUCACACGUAGCCUGCUCUUAAAAAGCAAUUGCAUUAUUAAGUCAACUAUAUUUUAAUUUGUAAAAAUAAAUGCUAUGACCUUAUUUAAAGCUAUUCAUUGCAUUUGCAUAUUUUUAUUUUAUUUUUAAGUAGGCCUAGGUUAUUUUAAUAUGUUUGUUGCCUAAUAAUAGCCUAAUAAUAUAAAAAGCUUAAAUGAAUGAAUUAAUGAAUGAAUUAAUGAAUGAAUGAAUGAUGAAUGAGUUUAACUUACAGCUUACUAGCCCAUAACUGUAAUUUAGCUACUAAUUGGCUUGUAACGCUGUAGCCUAUGGUUUAAUUCUGAAUGAGAUGAUUAGUUUUGAUACUGGACGGAGUUGAGAUGCUCGUUCAUUACACUCUCGUUUGGUGUAUGCUGUGUUUCGCUGUUAAAUUUAUUUAAACGUCUUAAGGGUCGAUAUAGCAGAAGGAGUCACGUUACUUCAUCUUGCGCUUGACACUUAUACAAAAUCCGGUUAUUUACAUUUUUUUAUUCAAUAUUAUUCAUCUGCUGUCGAUGAUGCAUAUAGUUUUGAGACAGUCGUUAGCUAUCUAUUCUUUGUUCAUUUGAUUAGAGUAUAGGAAUAACAUUGCAUUAAGUAAGAGGGGCUCGUGGUACAGUAGCUAUUAGAGGAGGAGUAGAUUCCGUUUCCUUGGAAACCAAAGACUGCUGCUAUACCAGCCACCUCCAUUUUCAAGACACGAGGCAUCAUUUUAUGGAUUUUGACAUGGACUAUGAGAGGCCAAAUGUCGAGACUAUCAAGUGUGUGGUGGUUGGGGACAACGCAGUUGGAAAGACCCGGCUCAUCUGUGCCCGGGCCUGCAAUGCGACGCUUACACAGUACCAGCUACUUGCCACACAUGUGCCCACAGUCUGGGCAAUAGAUCAGUACAGAGUCUGCCAGGAGGUUCUAGAAAGGUCCAGGGAUGUGGUGGAUGAUGUCAGUGUGUCCUUGCGUCUCUGGGACACUUUUGGUGACCAUCACAAGGACCGCAGAUUUGCGUAUGGCAGGUCUGAUGUGGUGGUGUUGUGUUUCUCCAUUGCGAACCCAAACUCACUCCACCAUGUGAGGACGAUGUGGUACCCUGAGAUCAAACAUUUCUGUCCCAGAGCUCCUGUUAUCCUAGUGGGCUGCCAGCUAGACCUGCGGUACGCUGAUUUGGAGGCAGUGAAUAGAGCUCGCCGCCCACUGGCCAGACCCAUCAAAUCCAAUGAGAUAUUGCCACCAGAGAAAGGCCGUGAGGUGGCUAAAGAACUAGGCGUCCCUUAUUAUGAGACCAGCAUAGUUGCUCAGUUUGGAGUUAAGGACGUUUUCGACAAUGCUAUCCGUGCAGCCCUCAUUUCCCGCCGUCAUCUGCAGUUCUGGAAAUCACAUUUACGAAAUGUUCAAAGGCCACUACUCCAAGCCCCUUUCCUUCCCCCUAAACCCCCUCCACCCAUUAUCACUGUUCCCGCCCCUCCCAGUAACAUAGAGGAGCACCCUAGCCGCCUCUUGGAGGACCCGCUCUGUGCCGACGUCAUCUUAGUCCUCCAGGAACGGCAGAGGAUCUUCGCCCAUCGCAUUUACCUUGCCACAUCCUCCUCCAAGUUCUACGAUCUCUUCUUAACUGAACUUCACGGGUCUGAGGAGAUCGAACGGGUGCGAAAACGACCCCGAGGACCACCACUUUCUGGCCGCGAUUUGCUGAUGCGCGCAGCUAGUUUUGACGUUUGUGAGAGUAGCGACGAUGGAGAUAGAGCAAACUUGCGUGCUUGCACCAGUGAUGGAACUCUAAAAGGCGACGGAGAUCGCCGUGGUCGUCUGCUCCCUGCCUUGAGCCGUGCUUUCAUUAGCAUCCAAGAAGAAUUGGUAGAUGACCCCGUCACUUUCAACCCUAGAAAAAUGACUGUUGUGCACAUGGACCCUUCAAUGCAACCCGGUCCCUUCCGAUCCGUGUUGCGCUACCUGUACACGGGUAAACUAGAUGAACGGGAGAAAGAGCUAAUGCAGGUGGCUCACAUCGCAGAGCUGCUGGAAGUGUUUGACCUGCGUAUGAUGGUGGCUAACAUCCUGAACGAUGAGGCCUUCAUGAAUCAGGAGAUCACCAAGGCCUUUCACGUGAGACGCACAAAUCGAGUCAAAGAAUGUCUGGCCAAAGGGACCUUCUCUGAUGUGGUGUUCAGGUUGGAUGAUGGCACCAUUAUGGCCCAUAAGCCACUGCUCAUCUCAAGCUGUGAUUGGAUGUCAGCCAUGUUUGGUGGACCAUUUGUGGAGAGUUGUACUAAAGAGGUGCUGUUUCCUAACACUACGCGGAGCUGCAUGCGUGCUGUGCUGGAGUAUCUCUAUACUGGCCGCUUCUGCUCUCGCUCAGAUCUGGAUGCCAUGGAACUCAUUGUACUUGCAAACCGUCUCUGUUUGCCUCACCUGGUUGCGCUGACAGAGCUAUACACUGUGACGGUACUGACAGAGGCAGCGAUGAUGGGAGCUGACAUAGAUGGAGAUGUUCUGCUCUACCUAGACAUGGCCCAAUUCCACUGCUCUCAUCAGAUGACUGAUUGGUGCCUCCACCACAUCUGCACCAACUACAAUAGAGUCUGUCGCAAAUUCCCUCGUGACAUGAAAGCCAAAUCUACAGAAAACCAGGAGCACUUUGAGAAACAUCGCUGGCCUCCCGUGUGGUAUCUAAAGGAAGAAGAUCACUAUCAGCGGGCUCGUAAGGAGCGUGAGAAAGAAGAUUACUUGUACCAGAAGCGUCAGUGUAAACGCAAGUGGCUCUUUUGGCAUCUUCCGUCUUCCCCUUCUUCCAAUUCUCCGUCUUCUGCUGGUUCCUCUGCAGUCAUCUGAAUGGCUCUCAGGGUGCACAAUCCACCUAACAGCCCUAAAUAUGGGAUAUAAACAAUAAGGAAUGAUAGCCUUUUUCAACUCUACAAGAUUACCUGUUUUCUGUUGAGCAAAAUGCCCAAGCCCUGCUUUUAGCUGCUGAAGAACAGGCAAAAAUGAAAAAGGAUGGAGAAUGUUAAAGUAACACAAGGCUUUGACUAAAAGCACUUUGUUUAGUCUCUGCUUUACUGAUUGGAUUUUCAUCAAAUCAGCUUUGAUGUCCUCUUGUGACAUCAUAUCCUGCGGUGGUAGAAUGCUGCUCAAUUACCUUUGUAAAGACAAUCUACACUUAGCAUCGGUUUCCCAAACAUAACCAUCAAAAACUGCAUAUCAUCAUCUGUAUAGAAAAAUACAUGGCAGGACUGCACAUAUUCAUAACUUGAAAUGCUAAGUGCUUUUCAGCUCUAAAUGACAAGAAGACGGGAACAUUUUAGAGCAACCAGCAAACACGACAAACAUGAAUUUCUCAGUGUUUUGGCAAUCUACAUUCAAACCACUUUAACAGACCGACGUUCUCAAGAUUCAAAUGGUGUCCACCGUUCAACAUCUAAAGGUAUUAUUAAUGUGACAUUUAAAGGUUUGUGGAGGGACAUGUGGGGAAUUAACUCCACAGACGUUAUCUAUGGCAUAAUGUCGAUUACCACUGAAAAUAACUGUGGGUACUUUAAGGCAUUUACCAUGGGGGUUAAAGGUUAAAAACAAAGGUUAAAAUGCACACUGUAUAAACAAUGUAUAGCCACAGGACUUAAAGGGAUAGUUCACAUAAAAAUUCUGUCUUCAUUUACUCACCCUCAAGUUCCAAACCUGAAACCUAAACACAAAAGAAUAUAUUUUGAAGAAUGUCGAUAACCAACAAGUUGAUGGAAACCCAUUGACUUCAGUCAGUCAGUGGAGCCCAUCAACUGUUUGGUUACUGACAUUCUUCAAAAUAUCUUCUUUUGUGUUCAGCAGAAGAAAGAAAUUCAUACAGGGUUGGAACAACUUGAGGGUAAGUAAAUGAUGACAGAAUUUUCAUUUUGGGGUGAACUGUCUUUUUACGGUUGCGAUGAAACGGAAUUAGCGACAGAUGUUUUCUUCCGUAUUGUGAUAUACGUGUGAAAUGAUUUAUGUAGGGCGGGGACUUGGUCUAUCCAUUGGUUGUUGAUUGGAUGGAGGCAGAUCUAAACAAGAACUUAAGAAUGCCAUUGUAAGAAAGGAGAGGGUUUAAGUGCACUAAAAUUUGGAAAAAAAUAAAUACUUGUAUUCUGCAAGGAUGCACUAAAUUGAUCAAAAGUGACAGUAAAAGACAAAAGAUUUCUAUUUCAAAUAAAUGCUGUUCAUUUGAUCUUUCUAUUCAUAAAA